CGAAGAAGAUGAUUAUGAUAGACCUGAAAACUUAUUUUUCGGUACCCUUAGUUCUCUAAUCUCUCAUACGGUACAAACAUGAAAGCAUUAUCGCCAGCACCUGCCAUACAGUAAACCAAGUGCUAGGCCACCGAGCAACUCCAGACCAACUACCUCACCAGCGCCACCUGGAUGGGCCGUCAACUUCUCGACCCUAUCUGUAUCCCUUGAAAACUCAGAACCAGGCCAAAAUAUUGUACGAAUCUGAAUAUGCCUUGGCACAAACCUGGAUUCUCCAAGAGAAUUUGCCGUACCCCUGUGGACGCGCACGAGCGGCCCUUGUUUACCGGACUGCCCACAUUCAUGGCCAUCGAGAAUGUAAGGGGAUAUACCAACCACCUAACAAUUACCCAAUCAACGCCCCUAUGAAUCACCUCCAUACCUACUGAGCCCCCGAUGUCUACCAUCGUUAGCCAAUAGAGCAAGGCAUCUAGGGACUCUCCACUUGCUCCUGCGUAGCCCUUCUUGGCUAAGGUGCCUGCCCUCGAAUGUUCCCUCGAGUAUACAUCAACAACCCGUCCUCCUUUCAUUGAACUCGCCUUUGGUCUCCGAAAGUCGUUUCUUAGCUCUCCAACCCAGUCGACAAUCAAUAUGCGUGUUUCUACUUUCAUUGUUGCUCUCGCAACUACGCUGGCUGUCGAGUCGGUUGCGACCAAGAUCAACAUGUCUUGCAAGUUCGCGGAGGAUCAUACUGGCAUGAUACAGUCUCCUUAUUGCUGUCGUGAUCUGAAGCCUGCGCAGAACAAUGCCAAGGCCAACGAGGCUACGGACUGCCAGCAGUUGACCGAGCCUCAGUUGUGCGAAGACCAGUCGCGCCCUGCUUGCUGCUAUGUUGUUGGCCCCAAGAAGAUCUGUACUUCACACGUUAUCUUCCAGGACGCCGAGGACGUCUGA